GUGCAUGUGAGUGACCUAUUGAUGACAUGACUACCUGAAGGUCAUGAGUUGACCCCAGGUCAGUCAGUGUUAUAACCAACAACACACAUACAGUAAGUAUCCCAUCAGCCAUGCAGCACAACCCUCUCGCCAUCAGGACCACCACAAACCACUAAUCUAUCCCCGCCCUUGUCCUUCCCAGCCCCUCCCCGCCUCACCAGCACCCUCAGCCAAAAUGGCACACCAGACCCAGCCAGCUCCUCCCGCCGCUCAUCCCCCUCUCGCCCGGCUAGAUGGCAUGUGAAGGGAAACGACUGUCUUGUGUGCCGGUGAUGGAGCCGCCGCAUGAGACUCGGUAGCGAGACCCCAGACGCCAGCGGCAGGAAAACUGACUGCAGACAUGGAGGGUCUUGCUUCCGCCGCUGCUGCAGGAUGAGCAAGAGCGGCCCCACACGGACGCACCGUAAUCGCGGGGAAGAUGACGGUGUCGACUGAUGACCUGCAGCAAUAGUGCAGCUUUCGGAGGUCGUGUUGGAUUGACCAUCGAUGCCCUGAGCAGCUGCGGCGGGGCAUGUCGAUGACGCAUCGGCAUCAAUGGACGUGAGAGAGAGCGAUAGAGAGUCGAGCAGCGUGAGCCACGACGGAACAUCCUCCUCGACCCCGCCUGCAACACAGACAGACAUACAGACAUACAGAGCGACAGGUGUGAUGAUGCUGCAUGUACCAAGAACGUCGCGGUAGUAGCGUAAGGAGGUCUCCACACACGACACACCAAGAACUGAUGCAAACCACAAGGCAACACAAGACAAACACACCACACACAUGUGCACUACUGCAGACAGACAGACAUCUAUCUCCAGCAGCUUGGCUUGGCUUGCCCUCCUCACCCAUCACUGUCGGCGCAUUCAUUGCAUAGGCAUCUUUCAUGGCUCCGUCAGGCGCAUCCUCUGCUGCACUCUGCCCCAUCCGAGCCUUCAUUCUCCCAUACAUGACGCCACACGCGAUGAGCAGCAGACCGCCCAGCACACCCAGAUACUGCACCGACAGGAAGGCGUGGACAGGGAAGCCGCCGGCGUGUCCUUGUCCCUGAUUCACUGCUGAGCGCUGCUGCAUGGCCAUCCACGGGAACAAGAGCCACAGAAAGCUCCUCGGAUGCGAAGCACUCAUCGGUUUUGCUUUCUCUUCAUGCACACUUCCCAUGGCUGGCCUCCUGCCUGCUCUUCUCCACGUACUGCCUUUGUUUUGAU